CCCCCCAAAAAAUAUCUGUAUCCAAGGAAAAAAUAGGAGAUAACCGAUAAACUGAAUUUUGCACCGAGGAAAAAAAUAAUGAACACGCUGCUCCUCCCUCCGCCACCGCUCCACAUCCGCCUCCCUCCCCUCCACUUCUCCCCUCCGCCGCAAUUCCUCCGCCACCGCCAGUACUUCCUACUAUCCGCCGCCUCCCAACAACUCAACAUCAAAACAAUCAACGAAGACGAACAAGACCCAUACGACGUCGCUUCACUCCCCAACCCCAACUACGACUUCACCCCACUCCUCACCUUCCUCUCCACCACCAAUUACAACCCGUCCGAACCCUCCCAACCCGACCCGCCGUCCAGGCUCGACCCGGCCGAGCUCCGCCUCGCCGAAUCGUACGGCGCCGUCCCGGCCCCACUCUGGCACUCCCUCAUAAAAAACCUCUCUUCAACCCCUGCCUCAUUUUCCACCGCAUAUUCCUUAGUCACUUGGCUUCAACGGCACAACCUCUGCUUCUCCUACGAGCUCCUCUACUCGAUUCUGAUUCACGCGCUGGGGCGGAACGAGCAGCUGUACGAAGCUUUUCUCCUCUCCCAGCGGCAGAGUUUAACCCCUCUGACCUACAAUGCCCUAAUUGGGGCUUGCGCCAGAAACGGCGACCUCGAAAAGGCCUUGAAUUUGAUGGAGAGAAUGCGGCGAGACGGGUACCAAUCCGAUUUCGUCAAUUACAGCCUGGUCAUUCAAUCCCUAAUGAGGAACAACAUUGUGGACGUUGCUAUACUGGAGAAAUUGUACGGCGAAAUCGAGGCCGACAGGAUUGAGCUAGACGGACAGCUGUCGAACGAUAUGAUCGCGGGAUUCGCCAAAGCAGGGGAUAUAGACAGGGCUCUGUACUUUCUUGGUGUGAUGCAGGGGAGUGGGCUGAGCCCUAAAACAAGCACAGUUGUUUCCGUGGUGAAUGAGUUGGGGAUUUUGGGUAGAGUCGAAGAAGCUGAGGCGGUUUUCGAGGAGUUGAAAGAGGGCGGUUUAAAGCCGAGGACAAGAGCCUAUAACGCUCUUUUGAAAGGGUAUGUGAAAGUGGGAGCUUUGAAGGAUGCUGAAUAUGUUGUUUCGGAGAUGGAAAAGAGCGGGGUUUUGCCCGAUGAGCAUACCUAUAGUUUGCUAAUCGAUGCCUAUGGAAACGCGGGGAGAUGGGAGAGUGCUAGGAUAGUGUUGAAGGAAAUGGAGGCGAAUGAUGUGAAGCCCAAUUCGUACGUUUUUAGCCGGAUAUUGGCUAGUUAUAGAGAUAGGGGAGAGUGGCAAAGGUCGUUUCAAGUUCUAAAGGAGAUGAAGAAUUGCGGGGUGGUACCCGAUCGGCAGUUUUAUAAUGUGAUGAUGGAUACGUUUGGGAAGUACAAUUGUCUCGAUCAUAUGAUAUCGACUUUUAGGAGGAUGAAAUCUGAGGGGAUUGAGCCGGAUACGGUGACGUGGAAUACGCUUAUAGAUUGCCACUGCAAGCAAGGCCGUUUUGGUAAAUCGGAGGAGUUGUUCGAGGAGAUGAGGGAGAGUGGGUGCGUGCCUUGCACGACGACUUAUAAUAUAAUGAUUAAUGCUCUUGGUGUGCAGGAGAGGUGGGAAGAGGUGAGGGAGUUGUUGGGGAAGAUGCAGAGUGAAGGGUUGUUGCCUAAUGUUGUGACUUAUACGACGCUCGUUGAUAUAUACGGGAAAUCGGGGAGGUUUAACGAUGCGAUUGAGUGCCUCGAGGCGAUGAAAUCGGUUGGGUUGAAACCUUCUUCGACUAUGUAUAAUGCUUUGAUCAAUGCUUAUGCGCAAAGGGGAUUGUCCGAGCAAGCGGUAAAUGCGUUUAGGGUUAUGAGAGGGGACGGUUUGAAACCGAGCAUAUUAGCUAUGAAUUCGUUAGUUAAUGCUUUUGGGGAGGAUCGAAGAGAUUCUGAGGCGUUUGCCGUUUUGCAGUACAUGAAGGACAAUGAUUUGAAACCGGAUGUUGUUACUUACACCACUCUCAUGAAAGCGUUGAUUCGUGUGGAGAAAUAUGAAAAGGUUCCUGCGGUUUUCGAAGAAAUGCUUCUCUCUGGAUGUGCCCCUGACAGAAAAGCUAGAGCAAUGUUAAGAUCUGCUUUAAGAUACAUGAAAUCUACACUUAAAUUAUAACUUUUUCGUAUUUGUCGAUAAAUGUAAUAAAAAAUCCUUAUCGUUUAUUAUUGAUCACUAAUUUGAGGGACUGAGAAGUUCCAUUUUGAUUCUAUUAGAGUUCUUACAACACAAUAUUGUAUUUGUGUGAUACUGAUACAUAAUGUUAAGUGAAAAUAGCAUGUGAAAUUAGUGACAAUUUUUUUUUAA